AUGUUAAUGUUUUAUAUUAUAAUGUUAAUUAAUUGUAUUAAUGCUGAUGAAUAUGACUGUAUUCCAAAAGGACAUGAAUUUAAAGAUGGAUUUGAAAGUGGAAAAGAUAAACAAUGUGAAUCACUCUCAAACAAUUAUUCAUAUUAUUUUAACAAGAAUUUCACUUACUCUGGUUUAGCUUUCAAUUGUAACAGAACAUAUCUUGAUGGUAAGUUCACAAUGACAAGUUUAUAUGAUUACUGGAGUGCAAAUGUUAUUGAAGUUAUGGAUAAUUCUCAAAUUAAUUUAAAUGGAAGAUUUCAUACAUAUAAAGAAUUUAACAUUGGAACAAAUUCUAUAGUAUUUUGGAUUGGUCAUGUUUCGUUUAAACAUUCAAUUACAUUUGAAACAACACCAUCAUUAAAUCAACCUCAAAUAAUUAUUUGGAAAAGUGAUUAUAUUCAUCUUUAUAAACCAGCUGGGUCACAAAUAAGUAAAUUUGAAGUUAAUAAUCCAAUUAAUAAUAAACAAUGUUUUGAUGUGAUGUCAUUUAAUAAUAAUGCUGCACUUGACUUUGAUAAAAAAUCAUUUGACCAUUAUUUACCAAAAGAUUUUAAGAAUGGACUUGAUAUGUUAGAAGGUAAAGCAUAUUUAAUAUCAAAUAAUAGAUUAAUGAGAUUUUGUCCAAAUGGAACUGAUUUAGAUACAAGUGUUACUUGUACAAUGAAUGGUAAUAAUUAUAAUUUAUCAUAUUCAGGAAAUGAUAAUCAACCAUUCAAUUAUCCACAUUGUCCAUGUGAUGAUAAUGGUGAAACUGAAUGUAUUCUUAAUAUUCAACAAAAUUUAAACACAGUAAAUUUUAAUAAUAAUAUUAUUAAAUAUACAACUCUUAAUAUUGAUCAUGAUAUUAUAUUAUAUAAUUUUAUUUCAGUUAAACAAAUUAAUGUUAAUGAUGAUAUUACAUUAUUAAUAGCACCUGUUUCAUCAAUCAAAGAGUAUACUCAAAAGAUACAAUUUAAUAACUUUGAAAUUACAAAUAAUAGAGAAAAGAAUGUUAUGACACAAUUCAAAUACAAUUCAACUACAAAUACAUUGGAAAUAAAUGGAAAUAAUAAACUAAAACAUUCAUCAAAUCCAACAAAUAAACCAUUAACUUUAAUUAUAAAUGGUAUUCUCACAUGUAAUUCUUUUGUUAAUAAAUCUGUUUAUUAUUUCACUAAUUCUUCUUCAUCAACACCAUUAAUAAAUAUUAAUAAUAAUAAUGGUAAUAAUAAUAUAAUGAUAUUUGAUGAAACAGUAAGAUUAAAUGGUCAAUUAUCAAAUUGUAUUGUUUUAACUGGUAAAUCAAAUGAAAAAUUUAAAUGUAUCCAAUGUAAAAAAGGAUAUUAUUUAAAUUCAAAACAAGAAUGUCAAUAUAAUUCACAUUGUAAUAAAAUAAAUAAACAAAGUCAUUGUAUUGAAUGUGAAUAUGGAUAUUAUUUAAAUUCAAAUAAAGAAUGUCAAAUAUUACCAGAUAAUUGUAUUGUAAGAUAUAAAACAUAUUGUUAUCAAUGUAAAGAAGGAUUUAUUAAAGAAAAAGGAGAAUGUCAAAAAAAUGAUAAUAAAUGUAAUAAAUCAGAAAGAAAUUAUUGUUUAAAAUGUUCAAAUGGAUAUAAAUAG